CUCAUCAACUCGUGGAAGCCUAAGGAACAAAAAUUGGCAGUAAAAUCUUCUGAGACUUUUCUUUUUUUUUGGAUCAUGCGUACGUGCUUUGCUGCUGUCAUCUCCGUUAAUACUUCGAGCGCUGGCAGUGGCUCAAACUGACUUUCUGAAGCGGUGAUAUGUGAAUGCAGCAGUAUGCCGUACUUGGACAGGCUGCACCGUGUGUGUGGCUUCCUGGACAUUGAAGAGAAGGAGAACAGCUGCCGAUUCCAGAGACGAUACUUCAUUCUUGAUACCCAGGGAAAUGCUCUUCACUGGUAUAUGGACAACCCUCAGAACCUGCCCAGUGGGGCCACCUCUGUCGGCAGCCUGAGGCUAACCUACAUCUCCAAGGUGAGUGAGGCUACACUAAAGCAAAAGCCCAAGACAGAGUUCUGCUUUGUCAUCAAUGCAGUUUCUCGGCGUUACUUCCUCCAAGCCAAUGAUGCAACUGACAUGAGGGACUGGGUUGCUGCUCUAAACAAGGCAAGCAAGAUCACUGUUCCUAAGGCUGGCACUGUGCCUACUGGGUCAGAUGUGACCACGGUGAUCAGCGACAUCCAGUGUGGGAAGAGGCAACAGGCCUACAAAACCGAGAUCAUCGGUGGCGUGGUGGUGCACACUACUAUCCAGAACGAGAGUGAGGACACAGAGAUUUUGGAAAGGAAGGUCAACAAACCAGGCGUGCUGAGGUGUGGGUACUGUGUCAAACAGGGCAACGUGAGAAAGAGUUGGAAGAGACGUUUUUUCACCCUGGAUGACAACGCUGUUAGCUACUACAAGGGUGAGAUGGAUAAAGAGCCUCUCAGAGCUAUUCCACUGAGAGAUAUUCAGAAGGUCCAUGAGUGUCUUGUCAAAUCCGGAGAUCUGUUGUUGAGAGACAACCUCUUUGAGAUUAUCACCAGCUCCAGAGUCUUCUACAUUCAGACAGACUCUCCAGAAGAGAUGCACUGCUGGAUUAGGGACAUUGAGAUGAAGAUCCAAGACUUCAGAGGUCCUUCUAAGGGUUUUUCAUUCCAUCGUACGUCGUCUCUUUAUCAAAGUAACCAUGCCUCCUCAGCGUCCCGCUGUCAACAAGGUGAUGACCGAAAACCCCAACUGGUCAAGUCCUUCGUGGCCCCAGGCUGGCAGCCUUGGACCCCUGUGCCCCAACGGGAUCCUCCCCUCAUGGACACACAAGACGCAGAAGCCCAUUUUACCUCUUUACCUACCCUGCCUUCUCUCUCCUCCUCCACCUCCUCCUCCACCUCCUCCUCAUCCAAUUCUCUCACAGCCCGGCUCCUUGCCCCGGAGCACUCCCCGGCUUCAAGCGGAGGUGCGGGGGUGUUCAAAGCUUCUGGAAGUGUGUCUAGCGGGCGCCGGCGGCACCGCUCCCAGCCCCAACUCCACACGGACUGCAGGUUCCCCUUCAGCCUCGACGACGACAGUAUCCGCACCACUGACGUCUAAAACCAGUUCAGUGCGACAGGUUUUUGGAAAGAGAGUGUAAACGCCUGUUUUUAAAAUGAAUGUGAUUGGUAAUGGUACGAUCUCCCUAUGAAAUGAAGGGAGCCUGCUCCCGGGACCCCCUACUGGUGUAAUGUAGUAGGUACCUGCAUCGGUGAUGCAAGUGAGAUCAUAAGGACAACAGUGUUAGCAUUUACAAAGACUGUGAAAGGGUAAAUGACGAUGGGCAGUUCCUUUGUGGAACAUUCUCUAAAAACUUGAAUGAUUUUAUUGAUAAUUAUUUAGCUUAUUGAUUGCUCCUGCAGAUUAUGAGAGAUUGAUGGUGUCAUGACUGAUUAUGGUACAUUCGCUGGUAAAAAUAGUGUGUGUGUGUGUGUGUAUAUAUAUAUAUAUAUAUAUAUAUAUAUAUAUAAUUUGCAUGCACACUACUGUCAUCAGCAGUGUCGCUUGCGAAAUCUAAAACCUUAACGGAAAUCCUGCCGGCUGAGUAUUUAAUGACAUUUAUUUAAAAGUCAUGUAAAUGCAUCCAUGGAUAUUCAGGCUUGGUUUGCAAGGUCCAUUUGAUUAAUCGCCAAUUUAUGCCCCCCCCCCCCCAAAAAAAAUCACAAACCUUUUGUCCCUGGCUUAAUAUCAGCACACUUUAACGAAUCUUUAACAAGCAUUGUAUCACUGAGAUGUGAUCAGGUGUCAGGGGAAAGGGCUGAAACAGUAACUGCCCCACAGCUCUCACGGUGAAACGGGAGUAACAGAUGCUACGUGCACUUGCAUCCCAACUGACCGGAGACUCUGCUGGUGUUGGCGGGCAGAUGUGGAUCGACAGGAGGAAGUCAGCUAGUCGUGUUAUGCUUUUAAUGUGUUUUGCACAGUGUUUUAAAUUGGAGCUUUGUAAAGCUUUGCUUCGAGAUCAAUCAUCAGUAAACUGUGACCUCUGUCCCAGCUAGUAAGAGGCAUCCUACCGACACAGCAGUGCUCCGGUGGACCUUAAACACAAUGCAGAAUGUACUGACAACAUCCUAGUAGAGGAAUAGCUGAUCAGCUGGUUGACUGGUUUGUAAAUGUGAUUAUGAUCGGGUUUUUUGUUGUUGUUUUUUGUAAAAGCCUCUUGCAGGUAAAAACAUGUCUUUAUUGCCAUGUGUGGUAUUUUAUUGUAAUUUUGCACUUUUCCGAUUUUUUUUGUUUUGUGGUACACCCCACGUUUUGCAACAUUCACAUUACAAGUUUCUUCUGAAAAGCUCCAAGUGCCCUGUGCUGUUACACCAGUAAGCUUUCAUUUACUUCUCAGGUUCACUUCAAGACUUAGUUUGAUGUGGUACCACGUUCCAUGCCCACUUCCGCCUUCUGAAGCUUUGUGCACUUGUCUGCCUAUGUAUGAUGUCAAUUCUCUAUCUCGUAUAUUAAACUGUGCUUUU